GUACGUUCAGCCUCUCUUUCAAAGACUUGAGCUGCGCGGUACGGGUAAAGAAGCCGCGGCAGAAGGACGCGCAAGUGACGGAUGCGGAGCACACGAAGACUAUACUAACAGGCGUAUCAGGCGUCUGCCGCGGAGGUCGCCUGGUCUCGAUCAUGGGGCCCAGCGGCGCUGGAAAGACCACUCUCUUGAACUUGCUCGCUGGCCGGCAACGCCAGACCACUGGACAGUUGUGCCUUGGCCACAAGGCUGGUGCAACCGCAGAAGAUGUCCGAAAAUGCGCAGCCUACGUUCAGCAGGACGACGCCAUUCUGGCAUCCCAAACUGUGAGGGAAGCGCUCACAAUGGCAGCGUUCUUACUGCUGCCCCGGGAUAUGGCCAAGGAGCAGAAGCUCCAGCGUGUGACGAGUAUCGUUGCAACGUUCCAGCUGGAGGGGUGCAUCGACACUCUCGUGGGGGAUCCAGUUGGCAAGCUGAAGGGCCUGAGCGGGGGGGAGAGGAAGCGCCUUGCCGUUGCCAUGUCCAUGGUGCAGGAGCCCAAAGUGAUCUUCUUGGAUGAACCAACAUCUGGCCUUGAUACUUUCAAGGCGUACAUCUUGGUGAGCGUGCUCAAAGACUUGGCGAAGAACAAGGGCAGCGUCGUGGUCUGCACAAUUCACCAGCCCUCCUCCGAUAUCGAGGACGCCUUCCGCGAACCGCCGACGCCUGCUGCAGAGCGUGUAUUGUCCACGGGGUCAGGGUCGGCGGGCCCCGCCGAGAUGGGAUGGGUCUCGCUGCAGUUGACUGAGAAAAGCGUGGAGUCCCAACGCGCGGGCUGGCGGAUCUUUGCACUCUUCGAUGACUUGCUCCUUCUCCUGGGUGGGCAUACCGUGUACAACGGUCUCGCCUCGGAGUCCGUGCCGUACUUCGCGGACAGAGGCUACCCUUGUCCGCAGUUCGCGAAUCCGGCCGACUUCUUCUUCAUGCACGUGCUCUCCGAUUCUAGUGGCCUUUGCGCCAGGGGUACCCGCGAGCAAGAGCUCGUGCAGAAGUGGAACGCGGGAGCAGGCAAGGAUGCCGUGGAUAAGGAGGUGGACGAGUGUAUCGCACAGGCGUCCCCUGGGGGCAAAAAUGAUGAAGUUGUCAGGCGAAGUGGUUUGUGUGCGCAGUUCACCGUGUUGCUGCGGCGGGGCCUCUUCGACCUCAAACGCAACCCAUCGAGGGGCAUAAUGUUCUUGGUGCAGUCGACCGUCAUGGCGAUCAUCAUCUCUUUGAUCUGGUUUCAAGUAGACGAUAGCCAGACAGGUGUUCAAGACCGCUCCGGCGUUAUGUUUUUCAUGGUCGCAGAUGGGAUGAUGGGCAACAUCAUGGGAGUGCUGACGGCCUUUGGCAACGAGCGCGGCGCGGGGGCGGCGGAUAGUCUCUUGCCCUACUUCCUCGCGCGCAUCAUGGUGGACGUCCCCGUAAAGAUGCUCGGGUCCGCGCUGUCUGGCACCAUCACGUACUGGGCGGUGGGCUUCCAGCCUCACGCUGGAAGGUUCUUCGUCUUCGUCGUUCUCCGGACCCUCCUGGCACUGUCGGCGAAUGCCAUGGGGCUGUUCCUUGCAUGCAUCUUCCCGGACAUCGCGGUCGCUCUAGCCGUCGCGCCCUUGUUAAUCCUCCCGCUCAUCAUGUUCAGUGGCUUCGUCGUCAAUACAGCAUCAAUUCCUGUUUAUUUCAUAUGGGUCCAGUGGCUGUCCCCCGCAAAAUACGCGUUCAUCGCCAUGGCCCGCAACGAGUUCGGGGGCUUGAACUUGCACUGCUCCGCGGACCAGAUCCGAGUGCUGCCCAGUGAGGACGGCGGCGGGCUGGUGCCCGUGUGCUCCUUCCCCAGCGGCGAGGUCUACCUGGACUCCCUGAACUUCCAGUCGUUCCUGAGCAUCGGGGCCUGCGCGGCCUUCCUCGGCGCCGAGGCCGUCGCCUUCACCGUGCUCGCCUUUGCGGGCCUCGUGUUCGUGGCGAGGCGGAGCUCGGGCACGGCCCCAGCCCUGGCCCUUUAG